CAAGGAGCAGGCAUCCAGUCCUCCAGGAACAAGAAAGUCACAGGAUCUUUGGCUGGCUCGCCUGGGAAACCUCAAAAGAAGCCAGGAUUGGAGAGAGGCGGUUUCCUAUCGCCUAACAGGUGCCUCAGCUUUGCAAGGUGCUGUAAAUUUAAGUGCAGCCACCAUUCAUAUCAAUGACUGCUUUCACUUGGAUACAUCAGAGAAUGAACAUUCCUCAGGCAUCCACGAAGCCAAAGCUGUUAUUUCCACAAGGUGCCAACUAGAACUGUCUCUCUGGCUCAAGAGCCCACAGCAAAUGGUAGGCCAACAGAGACCUUUGCUCUGACAAGGGUGAGCCGGUGGUUCAGAGAAUCUUAUGUUGCCCCCUUUAGGCAACACCAUGGCAUUCUCUGCCACCAUAUGGAUUCUGCUGUUUUACCCUGUAGCCUGCCUCACAAACAGCCAGAAUCCCAACUACAAUGUGGCAGCCAAGAAGGAGAUCAGCUUGGAAGGUGACCUGGUUAUUGGGGGCCUCUUUCCAGUUCAUGAGAAAGGUAACCCCACAGAGGAGUGCGGCAAGAUCAAUGAACAUCGUGGCAUCCAACGUCUCGAGGCUAUGCUGUUUGCCCUAGAUGAGAUCAACAAAGACCAACGCCUUCUUCCAGGCAUCACACUGGGGGCCCACAUCCUAGACACCUGUUCCAAGGACACCUAUGCCCUAGAACAGUCGCUAGAUUUCGUCCGUGCCUCCCUCACCAGAGUGGAUGGCUCUGAACACAUCUGUCCCGACGGAUCCUACGCCAUCCAUGAUGAUGUACCCACGGCUAUCACAGGGGUUAUUGGGGGCUCCUACAGUGAUGUCUCCAUUCAGGUGGCUAACCUCUUGCGGCUAUUCCAGAUCCCCCAGAUCAGCUAUGCCUCCACCAGUGCCAAACUCAGUGACAAAUCUCGCUACGAUUACUUCGCUCGCACGGUACCCCCAGACUUCUUCCAGGCCAAGGCUAUGUCUGAGAUCCUACGCUUCUUCAACUGGACCUAUGUUUCCACAGUAGCCUCAGAAGGUGACUACGGUGAAACAGGCAUUGAAGCUUUUGAGCAACAAGCUCGAGCCCGCAACAUUUGCAUUGCCACCUCAGAGAAAGUGGGACGCUCCAUGCACAAGAACACUUUUGAUGGAGUGAUCAAGGCGCUGCUGCAGAAGCCCAGUGCUAGGGUGGUGGUAUUGUUCACCCGAAGUGAAGAUGCGCGGGAGCUGUUGGCAGCUGCCCAUAGGAUCAAUGUGUCCUUUACAUGGGUGGCUAGUGAUGGCUGGGGUGCCCUGGAGAGUGUGGUGGCUGGGAGCGAGUCCAUAGCUGAAGGAGCAAUCACUAUUGAACUGGCAUCCUACCCAGUACAGGAAUUUGCUGUGUACUUUCGGAACCUUGACCCUUACAACAACAGUAGGAAUCCCUGGUUCCGGGAGUUCUGGGAACAUAAAUUCCAAUGCAGCUUUCACAACCAAAACUGCAGUCACCAUUCCCUGAAGACCAGCAAAUUUGAGCAGGAAUCCAAGAUCAUGUUUGUAGUCAAUGCAGUCUAUGCUAUGGCCCAUGCUCUUCAUAACAUGUACCAGGCACUAUGUCCUAAUGCCACCAAGCUCUGUGAUUCCAUGAAGCCAGUGAAUGGCAAAAAGUUCUACAAGGAAUUCAUGCUCAAUGUUACAUUUGAUGCUCCAUUCCGACCACCAUUAGACACCAAAAGCACUGUUCGAUUUGACCACUGCGGGGACGGGAUUGGCCGUUACAACAUCUUCAACUACCACAAAGUUAAUGGGAGGUAUCGCUAUCAGAAAGUGGGUUACUGGGCAGAAGGGCUCACCCUAAACACCUCCCUCAUCCCAUGGGUAAAGACCUCAAUUCCUGUUUCCCAGUGCAGUGACCCCUGCAAGAAGAAUGAAAUGAAGAGCAUGCAACCAGGGGACAUGUGCUGCUGGAUAUGCAUUCCUUGCCAGCCUUAUGAAUAUCUUCUGGAUGAAUUAUCUUGCAGGGACUGUGGUCUUGGGUACUGGCCUAAUGAGACAUUAAAUGGAUGUUAUGAGCUACCCCAAGAAUACAUCCGCUGGAAAGAUGUCUGGGCUAUUGGACCAGUCACCAUUUCUUGCCUAGGUUUCAUCUCCACACUGUUUGUUUUUGGGGUCUUUGUUAAAAAUAAUGACACUCCCAUUGUGAAAGCCUCUGGUCGUGAACUUUGCUACAUCCUUCUCUCGGGAGUGUUAAUGUGCUACAGCAUGACGUUCAUCUUCAUUGCCAAGCCCUCCACUGUGGUCUGCACCUUGCGGCGGUUGGGCCUCGGUACCUCUUUUGCUGUCUGCUACUCUGCUCUGUUGACCAAGACAAACCGCAUUGCUCGGAUCUUCAGUGGGGUGAAGGAGGGUGUGCAGCGCCCACGGUUUAUAAGUCCCACAUCACAAGUGGUUAUCUGCCUGGCUCUUAUUUCCUGCCAGUUAAUCAUUGUCAUCAUUUGGCUAAUGGUGGAAACUCCAGGAACACGGAAGGAGACAGAAUCUGACAAAAGGUACAUUGUCAUCCUCAGGUGCAACAACCGAGACUCAAGUAUGCUAAUUUCACUCACCUACAAUGUCCUCUUGAUCGUCUUGUGUACAGUCUAUGCCUUCAAAACCAGGAAAUGUCCUGAAAAUUUUAAUGAGGCUAAGUUCAUUGGGUUCACCAUGUAUACCACAUGUAUCAUCUGGUUGGCAUUCUUGCCCAUCUUCUACGUCACUUCCAGUGAUUACCGGGUCCAGACUACCACUAUGUGCAUCUCAGUGAGUCUGAGCGGCACUGUGGUCCUUGGCUGCCUCUUUACUCCCAAGCUUCAUAUCAUCCUCUUCCAGCCCCAGAAGAACGUAGUCAGUCAUCGGGUCUCCACCAAUCGUUUCAGUGUGACUGCUGCAAGCUCAUCACAUGGAUCUUCUUCUCAGUAUGUCCCAACAGUGUGCAAUGGCCGUGAAGUGGUGGACUCCACAACAUCCUCCCUGUGAAUGUCCUGUGUUUUCUGCCACACCUGUAUUAAAGCUGCUGAUUUAUUAUGGAUGUGUUGCUCCAUGAAGGCCCAUCAGGAUUUCUGAGAACGAGGACAAGGUAUCAUAGAUGCUGCUGGACUUCAGUGGAAAUCUCCGUGCUUAAAAGCUGAAAAUGGUGCUGAACAUUUUGGUACAAACUCACGUUGUCCAUUGCUGUUAAUAAUGCUGCCGCCAGUUAUUGUCUGGUAUAAGCAACUAUACUAAGCUGUGUAGCCUACAUGCCAACUGCACUAUAAUUUCCAAUUUGGGGGCCUAAACUCAGUGUCAUUUUUGAAAUGUUACUCAGCCUCAUUGUGUUGUCAAUCAAAUUCACUUCUAUCCUUUUGAAACAAGGAGGGCAAGAUUUCCAAUUAACAGUCCCCAGAAGAUUGUCAUAAGGGAAACAGUAGGAAGUGAUAAAUAGGACUUUGGCUGGAGUAAGACAAACAAGAUGAGCACAGCUUACGAGAGGCAGAGACCAGCUGUGGGGCAGAAGUGAGGAAUGAAUGCUAACCCACAAAACCAGAGGUGGGAUCUCACUACUUCUCUAGAAGUGGUUACUAAUUUUGUCUGAGUGCCGAGAAGGGGUUACUAAAGCAACCUCCCUGCCCAAUAGGGACUGGAGGUGCACUUGUGCGGCGGCGCCACUGUUUGAAUCCCAUCACCAUCGGAACCUGUUAUUAAAAUUUUUGGAUCCCACCACUGCACAAAACCCCUGCAAUAAAAUAUUUUUUCCACUAUAUUAACAGCACAGGAAAGGGUCCUGUGUGUGCCCAUUCUUAGAUCAUGAAAGUUAAGAAUGAGGGAGAAGUUCUUUUCAAGGCCAUGUCUAGAUUUUUGAGGAUCUUUGGGGAUCUUUGGACUUCUUGGCAUAGGAGAGCCCUAUAAACCCAUGAAAGUUGGAAAGUAGCUAUCUGGCCAGUGAGCAUUGUCCCUGAGCUCCCUGCACCAUCACAGGGAAAGUCUGUGCACCAUUCUUUUCCAAGAACUUGGUAAAGUUUAGAGGCAAUACUUAGGAUUACUGACCUGGUUUGGCCUUGUGGUGUCACAGCCUCAGGGUGUGUGUGUGGGGGAGGGGGGAGUGGAGUUCUCCCAGUAUUACAACUGAUCUCCAGAUGAUAAAAACCUUUCUAAUUGGGAAAAAAUGGCAGUUUUGGAAGGUGGACUAUAGGACAUCACAUCCCUCAUGAGUUGCUUCUCCUCCUGAAAUUUUGCUCUCAAAUCUCUAGAACUCCCCCAAUUGAGAGCUGGUAGCUCUAACUGUGCAAGAUCCAAAAAGCUAGUUGGGUGGACCCCAUUGACAGUUGGCAGAUCUUGAGCUGUUCAAUCUCAACAACCCCUGGAACCACCAUGGGUGCCCUUAUUUUACUUCUUUCCAAGGUUUAAAGAAGCCCAGUGUCUUGAAUAUCACAAAUAUUCCGUUACAGGUGGAAAUAGUGGUGCAUGCCCUUGUUUGCUGGAGGGUUGCAAAGCUUGGGUAAUAAUUCGGAUGAAACUGUUUUUAAUAGAGCUCUUUCAUACAUGGAUGUUCUUGUUAAACACCUUUCUUUGAUUCUGAUGCCUGAUAAUCACUCUGAAGGAAUCUUCUCUUUGUGAAUGGUUUAACACCUGUGUCUUAGCAGAUGAGAAUAAUCAACCUCCCAUAUACAUCUCAUGGAAAUAGGCACACCAUGAUUGCUAUUGCGGUAACUCUAACUGCCUGAUCCAGAGAGGGGGAGCACCAUGGCAUCUGGGGAUGGUGCAACGGAAGCAGUGUUGUACUGUCUCCAAAGAGGCUUCAGCAGUGCAAGAGACAUACACCAACACACACACGCCUCCCCCCCCCCCAAAAAAAACUCGGUCACUCUAAAAAAUCUCAUUGGGAAAAAUGACUUCUACCACAAUUUCCUGUGGCAUAAGUCUGCAGCCAGCGAGGAGACAUUGCUGAUGGGCUGAGACUCCAGCUGACUUAAGUGGGCACCACCCCCAGGAACACCACCCUCAGGCCUGUCCCCGGCUGCAGCUGUAUGCUCAGCCAUGCUGGUGUAGUUCCCGGGCAGCAGACACUUCCAUGUUUGGGUGCCAGUGCCUGCACCCCAGCAUGUUUGUUUUCUCCACUGGCGAAGGGUGGGCAAGCACACUGGUGCAGGCCUGCACUACCUCUGGAUUGGGCAGUAAACCAUCAAAUAUGUUCAGAAAAAAGCACAGCAGAUACGGUUAUGAAGGAGAAUACUUCAAGGCCUUAGUUAUUCAUGAUAAAAGAAAGCUAAAACCAGUGUUAGAAGCACAAUUUUACUGCUAUAAAGCAGUUCAGUAAUAAAACAAUUCUGUAUAGUUUUGCUAUGUGGCUUCUAAAACCAGUACCAAGCAUGACGCUUAGGGAACAAUACUUUUUCCCAGCAUGCAGACAGCCACCUCUUGCCUCUGAAUGAAUAAUUCUCCUCCCCGCUUUUGGAGAGGGAAGGUGGAGCUACCUCACAAUCCCUAGAAGACCAUUGUUUCCAGAGGCAGGAUUUUUUGAGGGAGGGGUCCCAGUUGAUGCUCAUGAACCCAAGAUGCAUUGCAAAACUUACUCAGAGGCUGAUCCAUCAUGCCCACCUCUCCAAGAUGGUUGCCAGCCUGAACUUCCUUCUGAGAGCUGUCAACAAAAUGGCAACCACAGUAUUAAAUGGUGACUUGGGUGUGUCUAAAAAGUGUUUACAAAUUGCAGUAUUUUCUAUGUAAUCAUAUAAGUGUUUGAAACUGACAAUGUAUUAUAAUGUGUUGUGGAAGGUUUUUUGUUUGUUUAAAGGCAAGACUUAAUGAAUACCAUUAAAAUAUUGUGUCAGUGCCACUUUUUUUUUGCAGUAGACCUGUGGGCUGUAUUAGAUUUUUAUCACAAGUUAGAGGUUAUUUGAGGCAUCUACCAUAUAAUAUGCAUCUGCCUCACAUGCAUCAUCCAUAUUGAAUACAUAUGUGAAACGGUGCAGGUGCCUCCUUGCCUGGGCACAGCAUGUAGCAGCAUGUUGAAGACAGCCAAUCCUUCCCUACCCUGAAACAAGUAUCUGCAUUGUUUCAGAGGGCAGCCUGCUGGUCUGAGUCCAGUUGUGCCUUAAAGACCAACAUUUUGGGGGAAUGAGUCUUCCAGAGUCAAAGCAUCUGAUGAAGGGAGCGUUGACUUGCAAAAGCUCCUACUCCAAAAAUCUUGGUGGUUCAAAGGUGUUACUGGACUUGAAUUUAGGUAUACCCCAUUACUAUAGCAUCCAUGCUUUUUUAAAAAAAAAAUCCCAGUGGUGGUAUUCAAAUAAUUUAACAACUGAUUGUUUACAAGCACCAUUUUAACAACUGGUUCUGCCGAAGUGGUACGAACCUGCUGAAUCCCACCGCUGCCCCCGCCUUUAAGAUGAGGAUUUUGCACACAAAUUCAGCACUAUAAGCUUGAUAUGACAAGACAUUUAAGGACACAGAAACAGACAGAAUUAAAUUUUAGGACAUAAAACUUUUCCUAAUGGAAAAUGCAGCCCAACACUCAGGAGAAAGGAAACAGAAUGAACAGCUAGGCAUCCCCAAUGUCCCCUAGUCCCAGGAUAAAUUUCAGUUUUGAAACAUUCAGAUUAAUAUCUGAGUAGCAUUUAGGCUACUGUGGACUAAAUACUGUUUGAAUAUCAGUAAGGUAACUGGGUGUAUUACUGUGUCUUGGGGCAACAGCUUGCAAAUCAAGGUGCCUCUGCCAAUUUCUUAACUGCUGAUCUGGUACUUAGCAUUAGUACCCUCUUCUAAUAUGGCCCCUUCUUGUUAUCUUGAAGCACAGAAAUUCAUUUCUACUUAAUACACUCAUUAUCACUUCCUGCAUUCUCAUAAUGUACAUAAUAAUGCUGAAGGGGCCUGUAACAAACUACUGAUGUCAGGGGAGUCUUUUAAGUGACUGAGGAAGACUCUCAGCAAGCAUGCACUAUUAGUUACCUUGACAAAAAAAAUUACUGUAAAUGUUCAGUAAUAUUUAUGACAGGCAGUGUGGUGCAGUGGCUAAGGUGUUGGACUAGAACCAGAAUCUUCUCUCGUGCUAUGGAAACUUACUGGGUGACUUUGGGUCAGUCACACACACUCAGCCCCGACUUUGGCUAGUAUUUGGAAGGGAGACCUCCCAGGAGGCAGGCAACGGCAAUCCACCUCCAGCUUGUCUGGGUUAUUCGGGCUGUUUGGUAAUAUUUAUAUUAUCUAAAUUAGUAAUAUUUACAGUUCAAUAGAAUGUAGAAUUGUUGGGCCACACACAAAAUCUAACUCCAGAGCCUUUAACAGCAGGCUGCCAGGUACAACUUUAAUCCAUUAAGCUUUUUCCACACUUCUGGUUGUGCCAAGAAAAGUUUAAUCUUUUACUUUUACAACAUUGUUGUUACAAAGACUUCAAGGGGGGCCAGUAAACCCAAGUUCUAAAUCCAGACCUGAACAGAGCCAAUCCAGCUCUUGUCACUAUUCGCUAUAAGACAGAUAUGAAUGCCUUACACCAGGUACAAGAAAGGAUUACAACUUAUGUCCCCUGAUGGAAGUGUGAUCCACCUUAGCUCGGUUGCAGUUAAAAGGAGGAGACUAUUAUUUAGCCUGCAACUUUUUUUUAAGAGCAGCACAUGUUAAAAUCAGAACUUCUGUUUACAAUUACAGCUGUUCUACCUCCAAACCACCCAAUCCAGAGGCUAGCCCUGGACUUUUUCUUCUAAAUGUCACAAUUUCCAGUCCUCCGAGAAACCCUGAAAAAAGAUUUGUCAAGAUAUUUCUAGUCUGUUCUCUGAGAUAUGAGACAGCAGGGUGAAUUGCAGGGGUGGGUGGGUUGUGUAUGUGUGUUAGUGUAUUAGUAGGAAUGUACUUCAAAACAUGAAUUGUAGAUCAACCAUAUUAGAAAAUCAGAAAAGUAUUUAGAGCUUUGUUGCACAACUGAAAUAUGACUGUUGUAGUUCCUCAUAGGAAAGGACAUAUGGGGUACAGAAAAGUUCUUCCUAAUUCAUUUUUUGUGAGCACAUUUUUGCCAGACUAAGCUCUUAGACUGCCUAUCACACUUUGUGUAAAAAUGACUACUUAACCAUUCAGGGUUUCUUUGGCUCCUACAAUGGCAACAUUGCCAGCAACCGUGUAAAAACAUGAAAGAUUUUUUUGGGACCAAAUGAAAGAGAGGUCUAACUAUUGUAUCUUUUGGUAUUUUAAAAUUUUAUGAAGUACUUACAGAGCAAGGGAAUUGGGUGGGAAUGGGUGGGGCAAGGGGUGGGGGGGAAAGACUGCUGCUACAAAAAAUAAUGGCUCCAAAACAGAAUGUGAAUUUUGUUUGAACUAAAAAGUGUUAUUGUGAUACAUGUUAUUUUAAAAGAGUGAUUUUUUUCUGUGAACAAGUUUGUGAUUUUUUUGUAAUUCAUAUAAAUAAAGUGCUUUUUUAUUA